AUGACUCAUUGGUUUGUCACUUGGAUUGGUAUUAUUGCAGCGUGUCUUCAAAUAUUUUUGAAUAUUAGGAUAUUUAUAAGAUACAGGUUGUGAGUCUACUAUUUGAUUUUGAAAUGUUCACAACAUUAAGUACAAUGUUUCAGAACAACGUUGGCUUGGCAAAAAGUAGAGUUUCAGUUUAUUGUUCUCCGAACGUUUUUGGAUCUUUUAUUAGGAAUAUCUAGUAAGUUCAAAACAUAUACUUCAAAACUCACCUUUUUUUUGAAUACCUAGAUUUGACACUAUUUUGUGUAAGUUUCCCAAUACUUUUAUAUCCUGGAUCAAUACCAUUUGAUGCUUUAUUUUAUGUUGGUCUAGUUGUUGCAAAUUUCACAAUUAUUCGAUCGUUUUUAGCGGCAGCUAUUGCAAUUGAAAGAUGUAUUGUAAGUACUUCAAUAUGUAGAUCCUGAUUGAUAUUUCAAAAACUUCUAGGCAUCUGAAUUUCCUAUCAAAUUCUAUCAACAUCGUCGUUUUAUUUCAAAUUAUCCAUUUUUCGUUUUCUUCAUUUUCACAGCAAUUUUUGAUGAUUUUAUGCUUUUCGGGUUUUGUGGAAUUAGCUUCCCAUUGGAUUCAACUUGUGCAACUUAUCUUUGUAUAACACCAACGUGUUAUAAAAAAUAUGCAAAAAUUUAUGCUUUGAUCUAUGGACUUAUCAAUUAUAUAUUCUCAUUUGUGUUAUGUUGUAAAUUAUUGUCAAUGUAUUUUCGAAAAAUUCAUUAUACUCAUGAAUUGAAAAAGGUUUGGAAUGAUUUCGAAGAUAACAUCACAUUAUGAGAUUAUUUAGGCAAACUCAUUAUGCAUCACUGAUGGUUUGUCGUCAUUAAUUUUUGAUUUUCUACCUGCAAUUGUUGGAAACAUGGGUGUAAUUAAUGCAGAUGUUAGUUUUACGAAAUAAGAAAUCUAGAUCUGAAAACAGGAAAUUUAUAGGAUUUGGGACCUAUUGCUAGUGUUCUUCGAACUGUUGGUCGAGUAUUUGAAGCAGCCGUUAUGUAUAAAUUAAUGAGUAAAUAUCAUUCACCGCAGUCGAUGUCAGUCACUGUCAAACAUGAAAAAACAACUAAUAUGAAGUUCUAG